CAUACCUCUCAUUGGAUUCUGACAAUGCCUCGAUUACAACCUCGUAUGCUGCAUCGCGCGCGCAGUAUCGAUUCGUUGCUGCCGCUUGUACUACAAGGCACGCGCGACCUCGCCUCUGCAAAGAAUGAAUUGCGCUGGCUGAGAGAAUUCACCAUCGAGCAACAACAAAAGCAGCGUAGUCUCAAAGGCUGGAAUACACAACAUAAGCUGAGACGACUAUGUAUUGAAAGAGCUCGUGGCAAGCCUUUACAAUAUAUCAUGGGCACCGAGUAUUUCGGCGACCUCGAGAUAGCCUGUGAGGCAGGAGUUCUGAUACCAAGGCAAGAAACUGCUGCUUCAGUUACACACUUGAUCAAACGUCUGCAUCAAGGGACCCAGCCUCUCCCUAAGCAUCUCAAAAUCUUGGAUCUGUGUACGGGAACUGGCUGUAUCCCUUUACUAGCUUACCACGAGUUUGUCACCAAGCACGGUAGAACCUCCAACGAUUUGGAAGUUGUGGGAGUGGAUAUUUCUCCACAGGCAUUGCGACUUGCAAACAAGAACCGUCAUCGCCUGUGCAGCGAAGGAACAUUACCUCCUGACCCAUCGUUGCGGUUCCUUCAAGCAGACGUUCUCGCUACCUCUCACGACAACACAACAACUGAGCCACCAUCCCUAGUCUCUGUCCUACACAAUGACAUAUCGACUUCACCAAAACCCACCUGGGACAUCCUCAUCUCAAACCCACCCUACAUCUCCCCGACCGCCUUUGCCACAACAACAACCCGCUCAGUAAAACGCUACGAACCCCUUCUCGCCCUCGUGCCUUCAUCCUCAUCCUCAAAUCUACCUCUUACACCCUCCAUCGAUGACGGGGACAUCUUCUACCCACCUCUCUUAUCCAUCGCCACAAAAGUCUCUGCCCGCAUCAUCCUCUUCGAAGUCGCGGAUCUGGAGCAAGCCCAUCGAGUCGCUGUGAUGGCAAAGGAGCAGGGAAUUUGGGAUGGGGUUGAGAUAUGGCGGGAUGAUCCUGGGUCUGAUGAUGGUGAAGCAAAUACUAAUGACAUGGGUGGUACGCGCGGGAUCAAGGUUUGCGGGCAGGGGAAUGGGAGGUCGGUGGUUGCUUAUCGUGGUGAUGCUGUGGGGUGGUUGGGUGGAAAGUAG